AUGGCAUGGUCACUAGUUUGUCCCGCAAAUCGAGGAAUUGGUUUUUAUCUAACUCGACAUCUCCUUCAAAACACACAACUUCCCGUCGUGGCAACGUCGAGGAAAGAUGCUGAAGGAGCGAAGAAAUCUAUUUUGGCAGACUUAGAUGUUGAUCCCAAGAGAUUGACUGUAUUGGAGGUCGAUGUCACGAAUGAAUCCACCAUCUCCUCGGCCGCAGAAAAAUGUUCAUCUCUCUUCCCCUCCUCGUCCCAUCAUCUCCGUCUCGCCUUUUCCAUCCCGGGUAUUCUCUACCCUGAGAAGUCGCCCGCCCAAUUAGACCAAUCCCAAAUCCAACACACCUUUGCCGUCAACACCAUCGGCCCCCUCCUCCUCACCAAACACUUUUCCCCCUUUCUCCCCCCAAAACGUCUAGAUCUCUCUUCCUCCCCCGACACAAAAAAUCUUCCGCCCCACGCCCUCUGGCUCAACAUGUCAGCUCGCGUAGGUUCUACCUCGGAUAAUGCACUUGGGGGGUGGUAUAGUUAUCGCGCUUCGAAAGCAGCGGUGAAUUCUUUAACGAAGACUUUUGAUCUUUUUUUGAAAACGAGACAUGGGGAUAAUGCACUUGCUAUUUCGUAUCAUCCCGGGACGGUGAAGACGGGCUUGUCAAAAGAAUUUUGGGGAGGUGUCAAGGAGGGUAAACUAUUUAGUCCUGAGUUUGCGGUUGAGAAGUUGUGGGAUGUUGCAAUGGCGAAGGGAAUUGAGAGUAGAGGGCGUUGUUGGGAUUGGAGAGGAGUCGAAAUUUCCCCUUGA